AUGCCUCCGGUUGCAAACACAAAUGCUGCCUCUGACGCAUUUAAGAUAGAGACCCCGACACCUUAUCUAAGCACCAUGCCUGCCAGUAACUUCUCAUGGCAGAUUACUCUCGUCGAGAAAGUGGUGGCUAUCACUGGUGCCAACCGCGGGAUCGGCCUGGGUAUUGCGGAAGUUUGUCUUGCUAACUCAGCUAAAGUGGUGUACUCGUUGGAUAUGAUGAAGCCCGGUGAGGAUUUUGAGGACCUGCAGAAGCGGUACCCCAACUUCCGGUAUAUUCAGACGGACGUGACCUCGGAGGAGAGCGUGCAAAAGGCCAUUGACCAGGUUGUGCAAGAAACGGGUCGAAUCGAUGGACUGGUUGCCAACGCUGGCAUGACCAAGCAUCAGCCGGCUCUUAACUUCGACCGUCCAGAGCUGGAGAAGUUGUUUAAUUUGAACGUCUUCGGUGCAUACUUCUGCGCCCAGGUUGUCGCACGCAAGUUCAUCGAGCUGGGUAUCAAGGGGUCAAUCGUGAUGACCUCCAGCAUGACUUCCUACCGGCCAAACCGGGUAAGACCGAAUGCUAUUAUUCUAAAAAUUUUCCUUGUUGACUAUAUUCAAACAGGCUGCUCCUUCUGCCCCCACGGGAUCCGGGUCAACAGCAUCUCGCCCGGGUUUGUGCGCACAGCGAUGACCUACUAUGUCGAGAAGUCGCCGGACUGGGAUCUGAAGAUGCAAUACUAUGGUGGUAUGCCUCGUUUGGCCGACCCACGCGAGCUGGGCGGCGCAUAUGUGUACCUGCUGAGUGAUGGCAGCUCGUACACGACGGGCAUUGACAUUCCUAUUGCAGGUAUUGUGGGCGCAUGGUAG